AUGAUACGGAAGGUACCUAGAGCUAGAUUUGAUAUAGUAUUACAUGAAAAAUAUAUUAAGUUAUAUGGUAAAUCUAUAUUUCAUAUUAUAUCAUAGAAAAGUAUUUUAAAAAUUUAUUUAUUACCUAAACCGGAUGAAGAAAUGGAUUAUUUUUUAAUAUCUAUAAUUCCACCAUUGAGUGAUAGUAUGAUUUUUAUACAUAAACCAUUAAUACAUAUACCAUAUGAAGAAAUUAUUUUAAUUUCAGAUGAUGAAGAUAUAAGUGAGGGAACAGAUGAAGGAGAAGUAGAAGAAUCGGAUAGUAGUCAAAUUAGUGAAUCAGAUAAUGAUGAAAUAUUAACAGAAGAAUCAAUAA